AAGGAUCGUGGGAGUCAGGUUACAUCAGACACUCCAUGAAUGUUUCUUUGAUAGAAUGCGGAAAAAAAUUAUCUCGACCAAUUUGGGCUUGUGAAAGGAUAAUGGAUCUUUCUCUUACUUGUGUUUUUCGAAUGGUUCUAGUCACACUUUUAUUCUGUUCCGGAAUUCAGAAGUCAGAGUCCGCAUUCAGAAUCAGCCAGAAACCUUCCAAUCCUACUACUGUGGUGCUUGGAGUAAACAGCAGCCGAGCCACACUUGUGUGGCGGUAUUCUGAUGCACCAAGUCAGUAUUUCGUUCAGUUUUGGAGACAGAAAACUGGUGAAAAAAUUAAACAAAUAUCAUCAAGCAAGGAUGGGAAUGCGUUCGACCCGAGCAACACAAAUGAAUUCGAUGCCUCGCUGGAUGCAACACUAACACUGAAGAACGUGGAGAGAAAUGAGGAAUACACCUACUCUAUCUAUUUGCUCGAUUCUAGUGCCAGAGAGGUAGAGACACACGCAGUUUCUAUUAAUGUGGUCGUUCCUCCAGAAAUUACUGACCCACCAGAGCUAAAGCCUUUACUUGCCAUCAGAGAAAACCAUACUUUGAUCUGUAAUGCAUCUGGUGACCCUCUUCCCAAUAUUUCUUGGACAAAAGAUGGCAUUCCUGUGGAUAGGUUUUAUGUGACAGGUUACCAGCUUGAUUUGUUUGACGUGAGGUUGGAGGAUGUAGGAUCAUAUAGAUGUACAGCUAGUAAUGGAUUUGGAGAUAAUGCUACUAGUGUCAGUAUUGUUGGCAUAAGAUGUAAUGAUUGUUUAAAUAGGAGCAUUGGAAUAACAUUACUGAGUGAAGUUUGGACUUCAGCCUUAAAUAACAGAGAGUCAAUUGAGUUCAAAAUAUUGGAGUCAAAGUUUUUAUCAGAAAUUUCUUCUGUCUACACAAAAAAUCCUGGAAAACAACUGUACACAGUGGGUCUUGUUGAUUUAAGGUAUAGCUCCGGUAGUGUUGUUGCUGAAGUAGAGCUCAAGUUUGAAAAAUCUGCUCUUGAUCCUUUGAAACCACUCGAAGAUGAAAUCAAAGAUGGAAGGCUUGGGUCAUUCACAGUGAGCCGUGAACUUGAUUUGAAUCCAACUUCGGUUCCCUUUACAAACUUUACAGCCACAGCUGGCCCCUUCACAAACGUUACGUCUACAGCUGUUCCCUUAACUAGCAUUGUGGCAUCAGGUGCAGGUCAAAGUGACGAUCGUAAAAAGCAAAUUAUGCAUCACGCCAUUUACUCGACAACAAUAUUUCUACUUUUGGUGAUUAUUAUUGUGUUAGUGUUUGUCAUUUGGAGAGGGAAGAACAGGCAAGGCUCAUUAAAGCAAAAAAGGUUGGUAGAAAUUUAGUUUCUACUCAUUGUA